UGACAGAACACAUUAAGUAAAAAUAAAUAAAUAUCAUCUAAUAAUAAACAAUAUUAAUUUUAUUUUUAAGAAAAGUAUUUUGUGCAUAACUAGCCCGUGUUUAGAACAUUAAUCCAAGGAAGUCAUCGGAUUCUGCUUUUCACCCGAAUCUUCUUUUUGUUGUUUUAUUUUAAUAAGAAGUGAAAUUUAAAUAUCCUGUUUCCGCCCCUUUACCUCCUAUUUAAACGCCUUCUUCUUCGUCCAUUUCCUCCCAUCCCCAAAGCAUUCUCUUUUACUGGAGAAACAAAGAAUGAAUCCCUUUUCAUCCUUUCUUUCUCUUUUACUGCCACUUCUGGUCACCCUUUUUCUUCUUAUUCUUUUAUUAGAACAGAUUUGGUAUUUGCGAAGGAAGCGAAAUGUCCCUGGUCCCAACAUCCUUUUUCCUUUCCUCGGCAACGUAAUUCCUUUGAUCACAAAUCCCACCAAGUUCUGGCAACUUCAAGCUCAGCUGUCUGCUUCCGUUGGAUUUUCGGUUAAUUACGUUGCCGGUUGCUUCAUCGUCUUUAUCCGAAAUACUGAACUUUCUCACCUUAUCUUAGCCAACGUCAAACCCGAUGCUUUCUUACUUGUGGGACACCCAUAUGGUAAAAAACUCUUCGGCCAACAUAACAUGGUCUAUAUGUUCGGACAAGAUCACAAAAAUCUCCGCCGUCAUAUUGCUUCUAACUUCACUCCAAAAGCAUUAUCAACCUACGCCCAGUUGCAGCAGCUCAUUAUUCUUAAGCAUUUUAAAUCAUGGGAGCGACUUUGGUCAACUGUUUCGCCCGCGGAGCCGAUUCCGCUCCGUCUUUUAGUUCGCGACAUGAAUCUCCAGACUUCUCAAACGGUUUUCCUUGGCAAGUAUCUAUCAAGUGAAGCUCGGGAGAGAUUCAGAGUAGAUUAUGAUCUUUUCAAUGCGGGUUUAAUGAAGCUACCCUUUGAUUUCCCUGGUUUCGCUUUCCGAAAGGCCAAGCUGGGUGCUGCGCGGAUUCUCAAAACGCUUACUCAUUGCGCUGCUGAAAGUAAAAAGAGAAUGCUCCAAGGAGAAGACCCUUCUUGUCUAAUCGAUUUUUGGGUGCAGGAAAUGGUUCGAGUAACCGCGGAGUCCAAAACACCGCCGCCACACUCCACCGACGAAGAAAUCGGCAGCUACCUAUUUGAUUUCCUCUUUGCCGCCCAAGAUGCCUCCACGUCGUCGCUCCUCUGGGUGGUGACACUCCUCGAUUCUCAUCCUGAUGUUCUCCGAAAAGUUCGGGAGGAAGUUUCGAGGAUAUGGUCGCCGGAAUCGGAUGCUCUAAUGACCGCAGAGCAAUUAAGGGAAAUGAAGUACAUACAAGCAGUGGCGCUUGAGGUGGUGAGAUAUCGGCCGCCGGCGACAUUAGUGCCGCACAUUGCACUGGAGGAUUUCCCGUUGACCGAGUGGUACAUAAUUCCCAAAGGAUCGAUAGUGUUUCCAUCGGUUUACGAGUCGUCCUUCCAAGGGUUCAGGGAAGCCGACCGUUUCGAACCGGAGCGGUUCUCUGAGGAGAGGCAGGAAGACGUGAUCUUCAAACGGAACUACCUAGCUUUAGGGGCCGGUCCACACCAGUGUGUGGGCCAAAGAUACGCCCUGAACCAUCUGGUUCUGUUCAUCGCCAUGUUCGUCACGUUACUGGAUUUCAAGAGGCACCGAACCGACGGCUGCGAUGAAAUUAUAUACACUCCGACAAUCAGCCCUAAAGACGGAUGCAUGGUUUUCCUCUCAUGGCGUUGCCCACGUUACCCAAAUUUCACUCUUAAUUGAUCAAACUUUGUUUGUUCUGUCUUUGUUUUCUUACAAUAUCUGCUAAACUUAAUGGUUAAAGAUGCCAUUGUCGUCUUCUCACAACUGAAGGACCAGUUCAACAUGGUUAUUGCUUAUGAUUCUACCACGUGGGGGGAUAUUAUAUCAUAUAUGCAUACUAUAUAAACAAACAAAGUUUGGGUGAAAAAUGGGAUAUUGGUGUUUAAAGUUUAGGCGAAUGGGAAAAAAUAAAUAUGUAAAAAAAAAAUGGUAUAUUCAUUUCU